AUGGAGUUCAUGGAACUAUUAAACCAGUCCAGAGUAUCAGAAUUCGUUUUGCUAGGACUGACAGACUCUGAGAACAUUCAGAUUCUUCUCUUUGUAUUUUUCUCAGUUGUUUAUGUGGCCACUGUUUUGGGCAACCUUCUCAUUGUGGUUGCAGUUUUUUGUGUGUCAAAUCUGAAUACCCCUAUGUAUUUUCUCCUUGGGAACCUCUCUUUUGUGGAUAUCACCCUUGCCUCCUUUGCCACCCCUAAGAUGAUCAUUAACUUGCUACGAAAGCAGAAGACCAUUUCCUUUGCUGGAUGCUUUACACAGAUCUUUCUGCUUCACUUCCUGGGAGGAGUUGAAAUGGUUCUUUUAGUCUCCAUGGCUUAUGACAGAUACGUGGCUAUUUGUAAGCCACUACAUUACAUGAACAUUAUGAACAAAAAAGUGUGUGUUUUGCUGGUAGUUACCUCCUGGUUCUUAGGUCUCCUUCAUUCAGGGCUCCAGAUACCCUUUGUAGUGAACUUGCCUUUCUGUGGUUCUAAUGUAGUGGACAGUAUUUUCUGUGAUCUCCCUCUGGUCGCUAAGCUGGCCUGCACAGACACAUAUUUUGUAGAGAUAGUCAUUGUUGCCCACAGUGGGAUGAUCUCUUUAAGCUGUUUCACUGUUUUGCUUAUCUCCUACAGUCUCAUCCUGGUAGCUAUCAGGAAUCGCUCUUCUGCUGGGCAGUCCAAAGCCCGUUCCACUUUGACUGCUCACAUCACGGUGGUGAUUCUAUUCUUUGGUCCAUGUAUCUUCAUCUAUAUCUGGCCUUUCAGUAACCAUUCUGUGGAUAAAUUUCUUGCUAUAUUUUACACUAUUGUCACCCCUAUUUUGAACCCAAUUAUCUACACGUUGAGGAACAAAGAAAUGAAGACAGCCAUGAAGAAACUUUGGGACAUUUUUUAUAAGUUCUAG